AUGAGCAGUAAGAGCUCGUACAAAGUUAGGAGGAGGCAAUCAGAAGAUUGCAAAGCCCCCCGCCAAUUUCCAGAACUUUCCCGAGUACCUCGCCGGCUUCGAAUCUCUUCCGAACUUCUCGAUCUACGCCGCCGACACCUACUUCUUGGCAGUCGUCACAUUCGCCGUCACCUGCGGCAUCGUCUCCUUCUUCAUUCUCAUUCUCAUUCUGUUGAACAUUUUCCGCAUGUUACACCUGCUCAAGUCUCAAAUUUCGGUGGCCAACUAUCGAAAACAUCGCGCGGCGAUUGUGAGUCUUCUCGCUCAAUUUGCCACGUCAUCAGUCUGCUUCGUGCCGCCCAUAUUCUUUGUUUUCGUCGUUUUGAUUGGAAUUGAUGGCGCUCAAGGUAUUGUAGACUUCGAAGAACUUUUCAAAUAUUGUCAAUUUCAGUGAUUGUGGAAUGGCUUCUCGUGGUCGGUUGCCUCCAUUCCUCCUUUAACGUCACCGUUCUAGUCAUCACUUUUCCGCCCUAUCGAAAAUUUGUUCUCGAGUUUUUCUUUGGCAAAAACUUUUCCAGAAGGGUCCGACUACUGGCACCAUCGACCAAACCAUCCGUUAUUGCUUCGCAUUUGGGCAAAUAAAUCAAUUAUUCAACGUUUGUGCGAGAAAACUGAUACGAACCUCUUUAUGUCAAUGUAUCUCAGUUGUCGGUAGAGAUAUCAGAAAACUUCCAACUAAUGCAAUGUACAAAAUAUCUUAAUGAUUAUUUUACUAGUUGACAACUGUUCGAUAUCGGGAUAUCACGUUUUGUUACAGCUAAUAUAACUAGGGGGCGCAACAAAGGGGGCGUGGCCUGCCGAAUUUUCUCCCAAGUUUCGCGCGCGCAUGUUUGAGGCCAUGUACCGAGGUCCACAAAUGGAGUACCAUACCCAAAAUGAUUUACUUUAUGUAAUCGACCAUGCUGAAUCCAAUGAACAACUCACUACUCUCUGAGAACCCAAAUACAAAUUUUCAGAGCUCUAGACAGUCUAGGACCAGAUUUGUGUUCAUUUUAGUAGAGCCAGUUUGGCCGAAAUUGUAGUUUUUGGGGGUUUUGAGGGUCACAGGUACCUUACACGCGGCUAAUUUUCCCAAAAUCGGAUUCAGCAUCAAAUUUCCGACCGAUCCAUGUCGAACUUUUCCAUCUAUCUAGUUUCCGUUUUUUGAAAAGUGACUGUAAAGUGUAACAGUUUUGGAUUUGAGCACGCAAAAACACUAAUUUGACACCUAGAAGUGGACCGCGCGCAGCCAGCUUGUCUAUGCCAUUGGCGGCCGGCGCGCCUUCGCCCGGCUGGCGCAGUGGGAAAGUGCUCACUCGGCAAUCUAAAGAUGCCGGGUUCGAAAGUUUUGACCUCGAAAGUUAUUUUGCUUUCUUAGAACAUCAUUUCUGCUCAUUCAAAAUGUUGACUCUUUGGUUUGGUCCACCAGACAAGGACAAAAAACGCGUGCGGCAAACUUGCUAGUGAGACUCCGCCCCCUCCUCGGCCGCCGACCGGGGAGAAAACAGGCCAACUUUGAAUGGGUGUAACUCGGGAUGUACCGAAAAUUUUGGAAAAAAAAUUGGGAGCGUACUCAUAUAGAGUAGGGGAACACAUUCCAACAAAAAUUUUAUGAAAAUUCGGAGUUUCGUGAAACCCGUUACACAGUACUAAAACAAUCAAAUACCAAUUCAGAAACUGCAGUGUCUCGGAGGACUAAUCAACGACAUGUCGACGCGUCCGAGCAACCAGACCCAAUUCGCUCUGGCCUGUGGUGACAACUCAGUUCGUCUUUUCAGCAUCUACCAAAAAACCGAACUGAUGAUUUUAUCUGAAGCUUCCCUCCGGCUAACUCAAUUUCUUUCAGUGGUAAGUACAAGCACUUCUUUUUUUUUAUCUUCCCCGUUCUCAACUCAUCAUUUUCGUGUUUUCAGUCUUUCACCAGUGACGGAAGCCACGUCUACAGCUCUGGUUUCGACAAGCAGAUCCGGAUGUGGAGGAUCGACGACGCGGCGAUCGGAGCAGGGACCGUCACUUGCCUAAAACCCGAAAAGAUGUGCUCGGACAUUUACAGAUCGCCUGUGGAUUGUGUGCGAGCGGUCCGCGUGAACGGACGAGAAGUUGUCUUCAAAGUGUGGCGGUUCGGGGAUCCGGAUGGAAGGAUCCGGCCGGACGGUCUCGGUGUGACCGGUCUCUGCGAGAAGCGGGUGCCGAACGGAGACUCCUGGUUCAAUAAGUUCGGUGUGGAUUCGAACGGGAAAUGGCUUGUCGUCGGAUCGGAGUUUGGAAAGCUUCAUUUUUACAAUCUGAGGAAGCCGGAUGAGCAGGAACCGUAAGUUUCAGCACUUUUCACUGGUAUCUUUGACAGUUUCGCUCAAACACGUCGAUUUUCAGAUCGCAUACCGCUUUCGCCGCGAAUGUUCAGCUCCGUCAGGCCAUUUUCAGCCAGAAGGGUCACAUUCUCGUGAUCGUCGGCUCCGACGGACUCAUUUCGCGUUGGGACCGAGUUGUGGAGGGAAAGACGCAAAUUAGAGUGGCGAGAAGAAAGUGGCCGAGUAGAAGAGCGAUGAAAUCAAAGUGA